AUGACACGGUCAACGAAGCAACGACACUCACGAUCUUCGUGGCGCUUCUUCUGCAUACUCCAAGCGCUAUUCGCCCUCCCCACCUUAGGGUACACCCCGCUCCCUCGUUGGGCUCACGCCUCCCUCCUGACGCCUUCUGCUUUAUACAUCCAAGGCGGUCUCCUCUCUCCCAAUACCACUAUCAACGCAUACAACGACAGUACUGCUCCCCUCACGUCUUCACUCCUCACACUCCCGCUGGAUAGGGCGUUCGAUCUCACCGACCCACCAUGGUUCGAGCCAGAGCUGGAAGAGCAAGGACCGGUGGUGGCAUGGCACACCCUUACUGCUAUGAAAGCGGGAAGCACACAAGAGGGUCAGGCGGUGCUGUUUGGAGGUGCGUCGACUGAGCUGGGGGACGAUAACGCGACUACCUGGAUGUUCGCCUACCCUUCUUCCUCAACCUCCGCAACCUCCGCAACCUCCGCAACCUCCAGUACUUCCUUCUCUCUCCCGAGCAAUUUCAACUUUACCCCCGACCCGGGCUGGCCAGAUUCAGGCCGACGUUUUGGACACGCCGCCGCCUCCUCCGUGGGCUCGGUAUACAUCAUUGGCGGUCAGAACACCUCCGGCGAUGCUUGGCUCACCGGACUGCGAUUCUCACUCCCUACCUCACCGGAGGAGAGCAUCCACUUCCAAGAGUUCCCUACCCCCUUCCCAGGGCAGUUUGGCGGACGCCUCCUACCGCUCGACCCGGGGGCAUCGACCUUCCUUUAUCUCCCUGCACCACCUCUAGCUCUGGGCACUCUAUGGGUGCUGAACGCGACCAACCCCGAGCCAGAAUGGAUCGAAGUUCCCGUAAGUGGGGCACUGAGCGGCUCUGGCUCCGGAUCCGGCUCGGGUUCGUCAAAGCGACAAACCAGUAUCCCCAGCCCGAGACAACAAGCUGCCGCCAUCCUGACCCCUGGAGGACAGCUCCUGGUACAUGGUGGUCGUACCCCUUCUGGAGCGGUACUAGCCGAUGGGUGGGUGGUUGACCUCACACAACCUUCCUGGACUUGGGAGAACAAACCUGCAUUGGGGGUGUUAGGAUACGGGACUGAUGGGCCGGUGAGCGUACAGCCGAUGCUGUACAACCUCACCACGGACUCGUUCGAGUCGGCUUACAACCCUCCUUCCAGUCUGCCCCCCACCAAUCCCCAUAGUAGUUCCAUCCUCACGACACCUGUGACGACCACUAUCACUACCGUUGUGGAGACCACCUCCGCUGGACACGCGCUGACGGAGACCGUCACAGUUCCUACGACUUUCCAACCGUGGAGCUUCACCGUGACCGUUCUCGGAGGGACAACGACCACUUUGCCUAUAAUCACACCUGAAGGGGGUAGCACGCUCACUUUCCUCCCUGGCCGGCCUACGACCUACCUAAACGGUGGCCACAUCUAUACACUCCUUCCUAGCGCGUCUUUUCCUACUGCUGAAAUCCCUUCCGGGGCGAGCACCGUGACGUCCACAUACGACCCCUCGUCUCCUUUCACCAGUCUCUCAACGCAAACGAGUUCCACUGCCUUCCCCACAAGCACCUCCGCCGCCGCAGGGUCAACAGCCCGCACCCUAUCAACAAGCAGCAAAGCCCUGCUCGGCUCCUUCCUAGGUGUCUUCGGCCUGAUCCUCCUCGCCCUCCUCCUCAUCCUUUGUAUAAGAAGACAUCGCACGUCGCCAGCACGCAGUGGGAGUAACGGGAGCGCGAGGUGGACUGGAGAGGGUGCGGCAAGCCUUCUGAGGUCUGAUGGGGCAGGAGACGCUGGUUCAGGGGUUGGACAAAGGGGUGCUGGCUCAGUCACUGAGAUGGACGAUCGACCCAAUCAUAACGGGACAGGGAUAUGGAACGGGCUAUUAGCUAUCCUGCUUAUCCCUGGGCUGGCGAGGAAAGACACAACCCCUAAAGAACACUCGCGCAGGAGCAAAACCCGGUUCGACAUACUUGCCUCGGAGGACUUGCCUUCCCGUCAUCCGUCUAACGGGACGCGCGGAACGAGGGAGUCUGGCUUACCAAGGCGACCGUCGCAGCGGUCUUAUGACAGCACUACAGGAAGUAUGCUCCCUGCUGUGCUUGCUGCAGGGAUGGCAGCGGCAAAUAGGAGUGUGCAGGGCGCACGGAGUGCGUGGGGCCAUGGGUCAGACGCUAGCAGUACCCGUUCUCCAGAGUGGUGGGAGAAGGAUCCGUUCGACGAAGGACUGGCAUUCGUCGACCAUGAUGGCACACCUUCCCGCUCCGAUCCUCUCGCUGCCGAAGACACUCCGCCUUCAUCUCGAUUGCCAUAUGUCCCGCCUGGCGCUGCUCGGCCAGUGAUGCCCUCUCCAACACCGAGCUUCAACACCCUGGCCAGCUACAGUAGGAGAAGCGCUUAUGCCGACCCAUGGGCGAGCGAUAGCGCGAUUGAGCACCGGCCGAUGGGUUUCAGCGAAGAGGUGGGACUAGGAUAUACGUUUAUGGGAGGUCUACGUCAUGCGAGACAGGGGACUUCUAGUCCUUGGAGAUCCGGAGAGCUCUCCACUCCUCCGCAGGCAAGCUCGUCCAGGUUUCCCAACAUCGGACUCCCAGGCAACAUCACCGAAAGUGGUGAAAACGCCCAAGCUGUCCUUUCAUCUCCUGUCAGCUCGGAGAAACCGCGAUCUAGCCUAGAGCAAGCAUCCAGCGAGGAUCAAGAAUUCAGUCAGCAGGCAAGUGUGGGACAUGGUGCACACGCCCGACAUAUUGAGCCCUCCCCGCUUCAGUCACCCAGCCAGCCGCAAUUCUGGCAUAAUCAAACCAGGGCUAGUCCACAAUCAGGCUCUAGCGCUGGCUGGACCAAGAACAGUGGAGCGUCGAAUGACGACAUCCGAAAGUCAAUAGAUAUUCUUCGUCCGCCGAUGCCUUUCCAUGAGUCGAGUGGAAGUGGCUCGAGAUCCUCAGGUUCGAGAACCCAGAAUGCUCAGCGUGCAACCCCAGUCCUUCCACCCAUCAACACUGGUGGAAGCUCUCUGGGACGCGUAGACUCAUGGUGGAACAAAAUUCGCGCUUCAUCCUCCCAGCUUAUGUCGCCUAUCCGUUCCCCUAUAUCCUCGCCGCCAGUCGCUCGGCGACCUAUAAUACCAAUUGACUUUAGAGAUCCAAAGCCGCCUCCAACACCCUUCUUAGGCACGAUUACAGAAUCCGCCCCUUCAUCGGUUGAUCACACAGCAGCUCGGUUACGACAAGUACGCCAUUGGUCGGGCCUGGCUUCUACCACUUCGCUUCAUUCAGCUGCAACCGCGGAAAGUGCGGUUCUUGAUCAGAUUGCACGGACUGGGGGGGUGGACGUUGUGCGGCGUGGGCAGGGAAGUGCGUCCGAUCUCACGCUACGGUGUAAUACCAGAGAUGGGGUGUCUCCAUCCACCGGUCUAUCCCCGUCCACUGGGAUUUCCAGUUCCGCUUCUUCUGCUGGACCACGAUUGCUACCGUCUCCACCUCCUCGUGAAGAAAAUUCGGUGCGACGGUCACCCACAACAGCACCACCAGUCAGCCAAAGGCAAUCCCGUGCGAAAUACGGGUUGGCAAGGAGUGCAAGCCUGUUCAUCGCAAACCCGGAUGGUCUAUCUGAGGGCAUCGAUGCCCUCUAA